CUGCUAGGCUAGCUCCGUGACCCAGCUGCUGCUGCUCUCCGGUUAUUAUUGAUCAUCUUCCCGGGUUCUGUCCGGUAACGGCUCGGUACGGAGGCCGGGAGGCGACAUGAGGACGGUUAUUAUUGAAGCGCGUUCUGGCUGAACGUCAGUGACCGUUAGCAUUAACUUGCUAGCUGGCUAGCUGCUACAGCAUCAUCAUCAUCAUCAUCAAAACAACAACAACAGGAGUGAAGACAACAGCUGAGCAGUGGAGGCGUGAUGGGGAACCAGCUGGCGGGCAUCGCCCCGUCUCAGAUCCUGUCUGUUGACAGCUACUUCUCUGACAUCCACGACCACGAGUACGACAAGAGCCUGGGCAGCACGCGCUUCUUCAAGGUGGCCCGGGCCAAGCACCGCGAGGGCCUGGUGGUGGUCAAGGUCUUCGCCAUCCAGGACCCGUCUCUGCCUCUGACCAGCUACAAGCAGGAGCUGGAGGAGCUGAAGAUCCGCCUCCACUCCUGUCAGAACUGCCUUCCCUUCCAGAAGACGUCUCUGACGGAGAAGGCGGCCAUCUUGUUCCGGCAGUAUGUCCGGGACAACUUGUACGACCGCAUCAGCACGCGGCCCUUCCUCAACAACGUGGAGAAGCGCUGGCUCGCCUUCCAGAUCCUCAACGCCGUGGACCAGGCGCACAAGGCCGGCGUCCGCCACGGAGACAUCAAGACGGAGAACGUGAUGGUGACCAGCUGGAACUGGGUGCUGCUCACCGACUUCGCCAGCUUCAAGCCCACCUACCUGCCCGAGGACAACCCCGCAGACUUCAACUACUUCUUCGACACGUCGCGGCGGAGGACCUGCUACAUCGCUCCGGAGAGGUUCGUGGACGGCAGCAUGUUCACCACGGAGAGCGACCAGAACACGCCGCUGGUGGACCUGACCAACAACAACCAGAGGAGCAGAGGGGAGCUCCGCCAGGCCAUGGACAUCUUCUCUGCAGGCUGUGUGAUCGCGGAGCUCUUCACGGAGGGCGUCCCUCUCUUCGAUCUGUCCCAGCUGCUGGCGUACCGGAAGGGACACUUCCAGACGGAGCACGUCCUCCUGAAGAUCGAGGACCGCAGCGUCCGCGAGCUGGUGGCUCAGAUGGUGCAGAGGGAGCCUGAGAAGCGUCUGACGGCGGAGGAGUACCUGAAGCAGCAGAGAGGGAAAGCCUUCCCCGACAUCUUCUACACCUUCCUGCAGCCCUACAUGGCUCAGUUCGCCAAGGAAACCUUCCAGUCGGCCGACGAGCGCGUCCUCGUAAUCCGCAAAGACCUCGACAACAUCCUGCACAACCUGCGGGGAGGAGGAGGCUCCUCCUCCUCCUCCUCGUCUCAGGAGGGAGGUGACGUGGUGCUGAGCUCCAGGGAGGAGCAGGGCCUCCUGGUGCUGGUGUCGGUCAUCACCUCCUGCCUCCAGACGCUCCACUCCUGCGACUCCAAGCUGGCCUCCCUGGAGCUGGUGCUCCACCUGGCUCCUCGUCUGGGCGUGGACCUCCUUCUGGACCGCAUCACUCCGUACCUCCUCCACUUCUGCAACGACCCGGUUCCUCGUGUGCGGGCCCAGGCGGUGAGGACCCUGGCCAAGGUUCUGGCUCUGGUGAAGGAGGUGCCGAGGAACGACGUGAACAUCUACCCUGAGUACGUCCUGCCAGGCAUCGCUCACCUGGCCCAGGACGACGCCACCAUCGUCAGGCUCGCAUACGCAGAGAACAUAGCUCACCUGGCGGAGAGCGCUCUGCGUUUCCUGGAGUUGGUUCAGGAGAACAACGUGAACACGGAGCAGGAGCUGAACGGAGAAGAGACGGAGGAAACACUGCACCCCAACGAGAACUACGACUCAGAGCUGCAGGCCCUCCAUGAGAUGGUGCAGCAGAAGGUGGUGACCCUGCUCAGCGACUCUGAGAACAUCGUCAAACAGUCCCUGAUGGAGAACGGCAUCACGAGGCUCUGCGUGUUCUUCGGCCGGCAGAAGGCCAACGACGUGCUGCUGUCUCACAUGAUCACCUUCCUCAACGACAAGAACGACUGGCACCUCCGGGGAGCCUUCUUCGACAGCAUCGUCGGAGUAGCAGCGUACGUGGGCUGGCAGAGCUCCUCCAUCCUGAAGCCUCUCCUCCAGCAGGGUCUGAGUGACACGGAGGAGUUUGUGAUCUAUAAAGCUCUGAACUCUCUGACCUGCAUGUGUCAGCUGGGUCUGCUGCAGAAACCGCACAUCUACGAGUUCGUCAGCGACAUCGCUCCGUUCCUGUGCCAUCCCAACCUGUGGAUCCGUUACGGAGCCGUCGGCUUCAUCACCGUCAUCGCUCAGCACCUCAACGUGGCCGACGUCUACUGCAAGCUGAUGCCCCACCUCAACCCCUUCAUCACCCAGCCCAUCAUACAGAUCGAUAAGGAGCUGGUGCUGCUGAGCGUGCUGAAGGAGCCGGUGAGUCGCUCCAUCUUUGACUACGCUCUGCGCUCCAAAGACAUCGGCAGCUUGUUCCGCCACCUGCUGCUGCGCCAGAAGAAACGCGCCGGUUCGAUCCCCGAGUGUCCCACGCCAGAGGACCCGGCCAUCGCUCAGCUGCUCAAGAAGCUGCUGUCUCAGGGGAUGACGGAGGCGGAGGAGGACAAGCUGCUGGCGCUCAAAGACUUCAUGCUGAAGUCCAACAAGGCCAAAGCCAACAUGGGGGAGCAGAGCCACCUGGGGGAGGGGGGCCACACCGGGGUCAUCGACCUCGCCACGCUGGGCAUCACCGGCCGCCAGGUCGACCUGGUCAAACCCAAAGCUGAGCCCGAGGACAAGAGAGCGAGGAAACACACGAAGCAGGACUCGACCAUGAACGAGGAGUGGAAGAGCAUGUUUGGAUCCCAGGAGCCGGCCUCCGCCCAGCCCCCCACGGCGGUGGACGGGCCGUCCAGUCAGAUCAGGAGGAGCGCGGCGGCGGCGGCGUCCCCGGCGCUGCCCGUGCUGCAGUCGGUGGCGAGCGGCCCCGCCUACCAGCGCCGCAUCAACACCUGCAAGGCGGAGCUGCAGCAGCUGGUGCAGCAGAAGAGAGAGCAGUGCAGCGCAGAGCGCAUGGCCAAACACAUGAUGGAGAGCAUCGAGUGGGAGAGCAGACCCCCCCCACCCGGGUGGCAUCCUAAAGGUUUGCUGGUCGCUCACCUGCACGAACACAAAGCUGCCGUGAACCGGAUCCGAGUCUCAGACGAACACUCGAUCUUCGCCACGGCGUCCAACGACGGAACGGUCAAAGUCUGGGACAGUCAGAAGAUGGAGGGCAAGACCACCACCACCAGGUCGGUGUUGACGUAUUCCCGUAUCGGCGGCCAUGUGAAGACAUUGACCUUCUGUCAGGGCUCCCACUACCUGGCGGUGGCGUCCGAUAACGGCUCCAUCCAGCUGCUGGCGGUCGAAGCCAACAAACCUCCCAAGUCGCCUAAAGUCCAGCCGUUCCAGACCAGGUCUCUGGACCUGCAGGAGGACGGCUGUGCGGUGGACAUCCACCACUUUAACUCUGGCGCCCAGUCGGUGCUGGCGUACGCCACCGUUAACGGGUCUCUGGUGGGCUGGGACCUCCGCUCCAACGCCAACGCCUGGACGCUCCGCCACGACCUCCGCCUCGGACUCAUCACCUCCUUCACCGUCGACAUGCACCAGUGCUGGCUCUGCCUCGGUACCAGCAGCGGCACCAUGGCAUGCUGGGAUAUGCGGUUCCAGCUGCCCAUCUCUAACCACUCCCACCCCGCCAGGGCCCGGAUCAGACGGCUGCUGAUGCACCCGCUCUACCAGUCCUCCGUCAUCGCAGCUGUCCAGGGUAAUAAUGAAGUGUCGAUGUGGGACAUGGAGACCGGAGAUCGUAAAUUCACCCUGUGGGCGAGUUCUGCACCUCCACUGUCUGAGAUGCAGCCGUCUCCUCACAGUGUUCAUGGGAUCUACUGCAGUCCUGCUGACGGGAACCCUCUGCUGCUGACGGCCGGGUCGGACAUGAGGAUCAGGUUCUGGGACCUGGCGUACCCGGAGAGGUCGUACAUCGUGGCGGGAGGAGCCAACGACUCGCUGCACUGUCCCUCCGUCCUCUACAGCAGGAAGAUCAUCGAGGGGACGGAAGUCGUACAGGAGAUCCACAGUAAGCAGAAGAGCGGCGUGGUGGAGGACUCGCCUCGCCGCGGCCCCGAGUCGCUCCCUGUGGGACACCAUGACAUCAUCACCGACAUCGCCACCUUCCAGACCACGCAGGGCUUCAUCGUCACCUCGUCCAGAGACGGCAUCGUCAAGGUCUGGAAGUGAGGCCGGACCAGAGACACACACACACACACACACACACACACACACAGACACACACACACACACACACACACACACAGUCCUCAUGGAGUCUCUGAUGCUUGUGAGGUCGUUACAGUUUGAACUCAUGAACUCUUCUUCAGUGUUUUUUUUUAUUUUUAUUUUUUAUUGUCUGCUGAUCAUCAGGACCUCCUCCUCCUCCUCCUCCUCCUCUCUCUCUCUCCUCCUCCUCCUCCUCCUCCCAUUGGCUGCUUCUGAUGAUGCAUUAAAGUCACAUGAUCACAUGUUUUCUGCCUCACUUUAAUCAUUUGUGUACCUAAUAUACUUAUUCUGACAGCUUCCUGUUUGUAUUUGUUAGUUCUUGUCUUUCGGGAGAUAUUUUUAAAAUGUUAUUGUAAGCUGAGCUCCUAUAAUAAAUCUAUAAUAAGACACUCAGACCCUUCAGUAACAAAAUGUCCCAUUAAAACCAACAUUUCUUUUUAUUCCCAUUAAAAGCAUUAAAUCAUGUUUUCUGUUGUAUCAGACAGUAAAAAUGAUUUAUAAAAAUGUUUUAUAGCCAGAGCUGUUAAUUUACUUUUUUUUUCAGAUUGAGUUAUUUAUGGAAACAACAUUAAAAUACCUUCUAACACUGAGUAUACAGAAAAUAAUACUUUUUUUUUAUUCCUUUAAAAUAACAGUUGUAUUAUGUGAACAAAUCGGCGUUUAAUGUGUUAAAUUCAGAAAACAAAUGAAUAUUUUGUAGUUAUGAUCAGGACUGAAAGAGACAUUUUUGUCACUUUGAAUCGACAGUUUGGGAUCUUUUCUUCUCUGCUGUUGUAAAAUAAUGACUUUUUUUUAACAGAGGGCAAAAAAAUAUAAAAAACUAUCCACACAGACGUGUAGCCGGGGCACUAAUUUUUCAGGACAAAAAUGAAUCAAGUAUAUUAAAUGCACAAAUGAUUGUAAAAUCUAGUGAUGUGAGAGCAAGAAAAUAUUAAAUGAUGCAUGUUUAUAUUCUGUGACGGGAGAAAUAAAUGAUUGUUUACUGAAUAUUUCACCUGAAGGAUCCGUCAGAAAUAUUUCAAAACACUUUGAACCUUAACUUUUGGUUUGCAAACUGACCAAAAAUCCCACAAUGAAACAUUAAAAUUAGAUUUGUCAGUGAACUGAGCUGUGAUCUUUUUUUGUGAUCAGUUUAUUAUUGGCUGAAUAUUGGAUAAUUAAUAUAAUUUUCUCUGUUUUUCUCUGUCUGCUCGAUUCUGUAAAUACGUUCUUUUAAAUCUGAGUAAUAUAAAGUUUGAUUUGAAACUUGUACAAAAUAUUAAAAUGAUGCAUUUUGUUGCUGCAGGUGAAACGAUGUGUUCAAUGUUUGUCAUCUGUUCAAUAAAAUCUGCUGAAAAUCA